AUGCCUGGGGGAGGACUGGUAGCCACGGCCGAUGCAGGGCGCAUCGAGGCCCCCGUCACCUUCAAGGCCUACAUGAUGUGUGCCUUCGCCGCCUUUGGUGGUAUCUUCUUUGGGUUUGACUCCGGUUACAUCAACGGUGUCUUGGGAAUGGAAUACUUCAUUCAUCUCUACGAAGGCCUCGACAAGAAUGCUCCACAGUUUCAAAAGGACGCGAAACCUGGCCCGGAUGGCUUUACACUUCCGUCAUGGAAGAAGUCGCUCAUCGUCUCUAUUCUAUCCGCUGGAACCUUCUUCGGAGCUAUCAUCGCCGGUGACCUUGCAGAUUUCACUGGGCGUCGUACGACCAUCAUCAUGGGCUGCAUCGUCUUCAUUAUCGGGGUCAUUCUUCAAACAGCUUCCACGGGGUUGGGCCUUAUGGUUGCCGGCCGCCUCAUUGCAGGAUUUGGUGUUGGUUUUGUCUCCGCCAUCAUCAUCCUCUAUAUGUCUGAGAUCUCCCCCAAGAAAGUCCGAGGGGCGAUUGUCUCUGGGUACCAGUUCUGUAUUACCUUGGGUCUCUUACUUGCCUCCUGUGUCGAUUACGGUACACAGAAUCGUAACGACACAGGUUCAUACCGCAUUCCGAUUGCCAUCCAAAUGCUCUGGGCUAUCAUCCUUGGUACUGGUCUUUUUCUGCUUCCUGAAUCACCCCGGUAUUUCGUGAAACGCGGCAAACUUGAUCGUGCAGCUCAAGUACUCAGUCGUCUCCGCGGCCAGCCUCGUGACUCAGAGCUCAUUCAGACUGAACUUGCUGAGAUUGUAGCAAACCAUGAAUAUGAGCUUUCAGUCGUGCCGCAAGGAAGUUAUUUCGCCAGUUGGGCAAAUUGCUUCAAGGGCUCUCUUUUCGACCAGAAGAGCAACCUUCGCCGAACAAUCCUGGGUACUUCGCUACAAAUGAUGCAGCAAUGGACAGGUAUCAACUUCAUCUUCUACUUUGGUACCACGUUCUUUCAAGAUCUGGGCACGAUCAGCAACCCUUUUCUUAUCGGUCUUAUUACCACUCUUGUGAACGUCUGCUCUACGCCGAUCUCGUUCUGGACCAUUGAGCGCUUUGGUCGCCGUCCAUUACUCAUCUAUGGGGCAUUGGGAAUGUGGGUUUGCGAAUUUAUUGUCGCAAUUGCAGGGACCGUUGACGGAAGCAACCACAACACUGUCCGUGCCGAAAUCGCUUUCAUCUGCAUCUACAUCUUCUUCUUUGCGUCUACAUGGGGUCCCGGUGCCUGGGUUGUCAUUGGCGAGAUCUUCCCUUUGCCCAUUCGCUCCCGUGGCGUUGGACUGUCAACAGCAUCCAAUUGGCUAUGGAAUUGCAUCAUCGCCGUUAUCACUCCUUAUAUGGUCGGCACCGACCAAGGCAACCUCGGCCCCAAAGUCUUCUUCGUUUGGGGCGCCCUCUGCGUUGGCUGCUGGAUCUAUGCCUAUUUCCUCAUUCCUGAGACCAAGGGUCUCUCCCUCGAGCAAGUCGACCGUAUGUUGGAAGAGACGUCACCACGGAACUCGGCUAAGUGGGUGCCACACACUACCUUUGCUUCGGAAAUGGGCCUUACAGACAAAGGCACAUUGGCCCCUGAAAUCGUGGAGGAUGUUGAGAGGAAGGGAUCAGUGGUUCUGAAUGCAGCAAAAUCUCCGGAACUAGAGAGACUAUCUGGUGAUUUCAUACGACAAGGAUGCAACGUUGAUGUCAUGGUCAUAUGGCAGACGCAAGGGACAAGAUGGAUGUAA